CCUUCUACAACGUGGGGCGCUCCCUCACCACGGUCUUCAACGUGCUGCUCUCCUACCUGCUCCUCAAGCAGACCACCUCCCUCUAUGCCCUGCUGGCCUGCGGAGUCAUCAUAGGUGGCUUCUGGCUGGGCGUUGACCAGGAAGGAGCAGAGGGCACUCUGUCGUGGACAGGUAUAUUCUUUGGGGUCUUGGCAAGCCUGUGUGUGUCCCUCAAUGCCAUCUACACCAAGAAGGUGCUGCCCGUGGUGGAUGGGAGCAUAUGGCGCCUCACCUUCUACAACAACGUCAACGCUUGUGUCCUGUUCUUCCCCCUCAUGAUGCUGCUGGGAGAGUUCCACACCCUCUACCAUUUUGACAAGCUGGGGAACCCCAGUUUUUGGGGCAUGAUGACCCUGGGGGGAGUGUUUGGUUUUGCUAUUGGGUACGUGACCGGACUUCAGAUAAAGUUCACGAGCCCACUCACCCACAACGUGUCUGGGACAGCCAAGGCCUGUGCACAAACAGUACUGGCUGUUGUCUACUUUGAGGAGACAAAGAGUUUCUUGUGGUGGACAAGUAACUUGAUGGUGCUGGGGGGUUCCUUUGCCUACACGUGGGUGAAAGGGCUGGAGAUGAGAAAAGUGCAAGAGGAUCCUAAUGUCAAAAGCAGUGAAAGAAAUGAAGCUGGUGUGUAGGCAGCUCCUGCACCUCCAUUUCUGUGCCUGUCUGGUUAACCUUUGGUGCUUCUUUCCUCCUGGGAAGAAGAAGAGCAAGGAGCUGGAAGAAAAAUCAAAGUGUAUGGGGAACUGUGUCAAGAACCAGAGCCACAGACCUGACUGGAU